AUGUUCUACAGCUCUGACAUCCUCAGCCGACGCAAGACCGGUCUCGGCAUUGUCUGGCUAGCCGCCACCCUUGGCGAUCGUUCCGUCGUUCGUCGACUCACUCGAAAAGAAAUCCUUUCAGUCAACAUCACCCUCACCUGCGAGCACUUACAGCAUCCAUCCGAGCCUUUUGCUUUGCGCCUUUCCAGUCAGCUCCUCUUCGGUGUCGUAAAGCUAUACUCUCAUCAGACAGAACUGUUGCUCAGUGAUGCGAGCAACGCUCAUAGCGAUGUAAGGCGACGUAUGUUCACCACUUCCACCAUAUCCCCAACGACGAGGGAGAUAGAUAUGAGAACGGCGACAAAGCAGGUGGAAGCGAUCACGCUGCCUUUGGAUCUAGCGUUUUUCACGUUGGAUUUUGACCAACUGGGGUCGGAAAUGUUAUACCGUUGGAGUGUCGAGCCGCCUGAGAGAAGAGUGAUGGAGGAAGACGGGUUGGAGGAUGCGUUUAGGACGCCUACACCAACUCGUCAUCUUGCGCCAGAAGAAAGAACUACACUUCUAGAGAGAGCGUUUCAAGAGGACGACCUAGGGCUUGCUAGAGCUUAUGAAGAAGGUGAAGGAAUAGGUGCACCAGGCUUCGAGGGAUACGAGGAAGACGAGUUCGAAGGGCUGGAUUUGGGGUUGGAGCCACCUACUCGCCCGGAACCUAUCGAACCUGGUAUAUUGGAAGGUAUCGAACGAAGAUUCGAAGGAGACGAAACAGCACUCACCGAACACAUUGUCGAGUGGCCUGAGCUGGAGGAGAGGCUAGCUGAAGAAGCGGCUAGAAUGGGAAUUGGACCUGUCACUGAAGGCGUUCCUACUGUUACCCCUCUUCGUAGACCGCGAGCAGAAGAGGAGCAAGUCCAACCACCCCUGGCCCCCGCACUCCGCCCUCGUCCUCCUCCGGUGCUGCUCGAAGAUAGACCCACAGAACUGAGCGAAGCUCAACGACGCGCUGCAGAAGCCAACUACCCGGAACGUAUGGCCGCUGAACGAGCCGCCCUCCGUCGACGCACCGCUGCACGAAAAGCUGCCGUCACAGCACGACGAAUGAUGUUUGCCCCACCCUCCGACCUCUGCCUCCACCCGGAACUCAGCGAGCUAUGGGAAUCCACUGUAACAUCCCACCUCUCCGCCCGCGGUGCCAGAUUUCGAGCACUCCGUGACGAAGCCAACCUUCUCCCGCUCGAUGGAGCUCCCCCUUCUCCCCCACCACCAACACCUGAGGAGGAAGAGGUGGAAGAACUUGGCGUCGCACGUGCUGCGGUGCCUGAAAUCCCAGCAGCUCUCCGAGGCGCACGCGAAUCACUCCCAUGGAACAUCUUCGCCGAACACCGUCGACGAUCUUCCAUGAUGCCUUCUAUCUCCUACGAUCGAGAAAUUACUCCUUUACGUAUUCCUCGUGAGAUCUCGGUGGAAACUCCUACGGGCUUACGCAGAAUCCCACCCGAAUCACCACUGUUCAUCCCCCCUACCUCCCCCUCCACCGUCGCACCACUGGAGGAGUAUCCGAUGCCGGAAACUCCUUCUGUUGAACGGUUCAGACUCGGACUCCCCACAGCACCAGCAGAGAGAGUAGGGGAAAGGGAGCUAACUCCGCCUUCCCAAGUGUUUGAAGAAGACAUGGAAGAAGAAACCCGAAACUUUUUGGAGUAUGCUAGAUCGAUCAGAGAGGAGUUGGAAGAUCCAAGUAUCAUGUUCUUUAGCGACUUGGCACCAGUAGCAAGUAGUACGCCUGCGGUGGCUGCUCAGGCGUUUUAUCAUACACUGGUGUUGGCGAGUGGGGGGAGAGUCAAGGUGAAGCAGGAGGGGGCCUAUCAGGAGAUUCGAGUCACUGUACUUUAG